AUGGAAGAUGAUGAUGUGAGAGAUGUUCUCCAGACAAUGCUGGCUAGUUGUAGGAGUCUGUCUCCUAAGCUGGCAGGGCUGAUCAGGCGAUUCAAGGCUGUGACAACCUUGCUGUUGAUGAGAAAGGACUCAGCUUUAUCGGACCUUGACAAAUACACCAAGACUCUUAGGAGCUGGGUGGAUGAUUUUGAUGAAAAAAUGAGAUCUGCAAUACAGUUAGCAUUCUCGGAGAAAGCUGCAAUCGUUAGAGCGUACAAGGAAGAGGUAGAGGAGGAGUUGUCUACCCUUGGUGUCCUUUUAAGGGAGUCUGAAAAACUUCUCUUGACAUCAUCAAACUUUAAUGCUACCCAGAACAAACAUGGAAAAACUCUUGUCACUGCCUUAAAAAUGAUGAAAACAACAGGUCUUCUGGAAACCCGAGAUGUAGAUGAUAACCUUUCCUGUUUAAAACUAUUCACCCAGUUUGAUUGUGAAAAUUUGCCAGUACUUGGACAAUUGAUCACAAACUACUCACCAGAUAAAAUCAAACAAGAUGAUGUGGUUGUAAAUCUCUCAUCAAAUACAAGCUCAACAACAAAAGUAAAUUCUUCAGAAAAUAAAAAUAUUAAAGAAAAAUGUGCUAUUACAUCAACAUCCACCCAGACAGAUUUUGUUAUGCCUGAGAAAGAAGGAAGUUUAGAGUCAAGCACAGUUAAAAGCAAGAGGAGCAAAAGUUGUCAAAGAUCAAACGUGCAAAGGUCAUUUAUUGUUCAAGAGAAUCAGAGGUUUAUCAUUAGUCAGCUAGAGAAAGGUGGUAUCAGCAAAAACACCACAAGAAGUCCCUCCGUUUCUUCUGUUGAUUCUGAAACAACAGCCUCUGUAGAUGCCAGUGUUAAAGAGAAUAAGUCAAGGAGAAGGCCAGUUGUCAGAUCUUCAUCUCUUAAAUCGGACCGCAAUCAGUCAACUCAAAAGUCUGUCUCAAAAACAGAAGACUGGAUCAAAGACAGUGCAAACAAUAAUUCAAAAGAUGAUAUCAACAUACGUACAAGAUCACCUGUCCAUGGAACAUCUUUCAAGAAGAAUUCAGACAGGAAAGAAAAUUUGAAUGACAAUGUGCAAGCAAAUAAACAUUUGAAAAAUAAGGAAGGCUUCCACAAUCCCAGAACCAUGACUUUGUCACCUGAGAGAGCACACUUGUUUAAAGAGGUGGAAAAUAUGCCAAAAGAGGACAAAAUUGGAACAUCAGCAAGAAAUAAAGAUUCAUCGAAUCAAAUACAAUUGUCACCUUCUAAAAGUGCAUCAGAAGGCAUUAGUUCAAGUAAAGAUGAAAUGAAUCAGAAUAUCACAGAAAACAAAUCUUACUCGGGUAAACAAAAGUCAAACUUGACCAGGCCAAAAGAAAAUGAAACUCAGAAAUUGGAGUUGGCAAAGCAAACUCCCACAGACAAGAAGGAAUUUUCUAGUAAAAGCACUACCAGCACACCUGUUCCAACUGAAAAUGUUACAGUAAAAUGUGAACCUAUCACACCAGUCGAAGUGAAAAUCAAACAAGAACCAGUUACUCCACCAGAUCUUAAUAACAAUCAGUCCAUGUUUAAUAUCCAACAGAGAAUUCAAGGACCCUCAAUUAAAAAAAGUCCCUCUGUGUCUGAAACAGAGACCUGGGAAAGUGAUGAAGAGAUCAGAGGAAAGAUUGCAGAGAAGAAUAGCACAAAAGAUGUAAUAUCAGACAGAACUCAACCACAAGAAAAUCUUACAGAGAAAAUUUCCCCCCAGAAAGAUGUGAACUGUAAUGUUAUAGACAAGGAACCCAUGCCACCUCCCCCAAUUCCACCACCAUCAUUGUUAACUACAAGUACUCGUCCUCCAUCUGAAACAGGUGCUCUCCCUCCAUCUGAAACAGGUGUUCUCCCUCCAUAUGAGACAGGUGCUCCCUCUCCAUCUGAAACAGGUGCUCCCCCUCUGCCUCCCAAUGAACCAAACUCCACAGAAAAAAUGGAAUCAAACAACAAUGAAGUACAUGUACCAGUAUCAAGCACUGCUGACAAAGAUCUAGUUAAUGGGAAUCAAAAUGUUCUGAAUACUAUGGGUGUAGAAAAUAAUAUAGACUGCCAUGUCUCAGAUAUCCCACUUCCAAAGACUCUAGAGGUACCAAAGAAAAUUUCCACUCAAAGUGUGGACUACAAAGAUAGUGUCAUCACACAGCAUAUCAGAGAGGAGCUAAGUAAAGGGAAAAGAGGAUUUUUUUCUCCCAUACGUGCAAAGCUUCUGUUUAAAUGUGGCACUGGAUACAACAUGAAAUUUCCAAUCGGUGUUACAACGAAUAGAUUUGGAGAAAUCUUUGUAGCUGACACAGGCAAUAAUGUUAUUAAGGUGUUCAGCAAGGAGGGGAAACCUUUAAGAUCCAUGGGGAUAUCAGAACCAGUAAAAAUGAGGAGACCAUCAGCAAUAGUAGUAAAUGCAAAAGAUGAGGUGUUUGUCAAGGAUGACAAUGCUGUAUUUGCUUUCACACCUCAAGGAAAAUUCAUUAAAGCUUUAGGAGUGAAUGCACUUGGUAAUCCAUUUGGUUUGGCCUUAACCCCAGAUGGACAGUUGGUGACCUUAGAUACACAGCGGAUCAACCCAAGAGUGAUCAUCUUAGCUUCAGAUGGAAGAUCAAGGAAUUCAUUUCUUUUUGCACCCCUUCUUCAUCCCCAGACACCUCCUUCCUCCAAAUGUAGGUUUUUGGCAAUUCACAAGGACAGGCUCAUCGUCAGUGAUUUAGGUUGCCAUUGUGUGUACAUAACAGAUAAUUGUGGAGAGACAUUGUUUAAGUUUGGGGAGUUUGGAGCGAAUCUUGGAGAGUUCAGGGAACCCUCUGGUGUAACAACGGAUCAGCAGGGACACAUGCUUAUAGGUGACAGCAAAAACAACAGAAUCCAGAUUUUCAAACCCAAUGGAACUUUCCUGUGUGACAUCAAAUUUGACCAGCCCAUACAACGACCUUCAGACAUACACUUAACAAAGGAUGGAAAACUCUACGUAACCAACUUCCUUCAACACCAAGUGUUUGUCUUCCAGCUGGGACAGAAAUAAAGUGAUUUCAAAGAUUGAAAAGUGGAGAGAGCAAGUUCAAAAUGUAUAAUCUGAGACUCAAGUUAUUAUCGUGAAACUUGUUGAAUAAUGUCAAGUGGAUAUUGAUAAGCUGAUAACAGCAAAUUAAAAUGAGGUUACUUCCUUGACAUUUGAUAGUUUUAUCUCUGGAUUGUCACUCAGUCAAACGUCUCAUCAAUUCGGAAAUAAAACCAAAUCCAGUUUAAUGGGUUAAUUUUGAAACAGAUUAAAUUAGGAGGAUGUAUGUUUCGAGUUUUUCAUUACUAUUCAAUUAUUCCACUAUAAAGAACAAAGCAAUGCCUUGUUAAAUGAAAUUUUAGAUAUGUCAAACUUCUGGCUAAUUUUCAUUCAAGAAGAAAUAUGUAACACCUACUUAACAUUACAAAGAAAAUAUUAUUGAGAAUAUAAAUAUUCAUUAGAUACUGUGUCAGAUUUAACUGUAACGCAUUCAUUUUGGAAUUUUUUGUUGUAAUAAUUCAAGUAUUUUGAAAGCAAGUAUGGUGACUGUGUAUCCUGCAAUAACAUUUCUGCAGCAUGUACACGACAUUACAAAGUUUCGUUCCCCAUUUUCCUGUUGAUAUCCUGUACCUUUUGAACAAUGUAUAUAUUAUGCACAGUUUUCCUGGAUUGGUAGAAUAUACUAUUUUUUUUCUGAAAGAUGAUCAAUUUUCACAUAUUUGUUGGUCACUAUUGUACAGUGUAUCUAGUCCAUGUUUUUUGACAGUUUGAACAGGGGUGUGCAAUUAGCAUCGCCCGACGCCCGGGGCUACCAUUUUUUUGCGUCGGGCUAGUAGUUUUCUGCACAGAGGUAGCCCCUUGGGCUAGUAAAAAUUAAAACUACCAUUGUAAUACAUGGAAAUUACUAUCGGUAUUUUCACUCACUAUUUGCUAUUAAAUUCUCAAAAAAUGAAAAAAAUUUUGGCAGCAUGUUCGUACUCUUCGUUAAUCUCCAUAAUCUUAUCCAUUUUGCAGUGCUACCUGACUUAUUUACUUCCAAAAACGAUCGUUUUUAUUUUAUCCGAAUUUCCUCUAUUCCUCUGCUUAUGGUAAAUACACAUGCAGAUAUCUCAUUAAAUUAUUUACGAUCACUCAAUCCACUGAAAGAUAAGUGUUAUGUGGUUUACAUAAAAUAUAUUUCCAGCGUAUUUAAUGAUUAAUUAAAUAAUCAUUAAAUAAUCAAUUAAUUAAGAUGAGAAAAUGAUUUUCA